ACUUGGGAAGAAGAAGCUGCCAACUACUAAUUGCUUCCUCUAUCGUCUUCUCUAGUAUUUUCCCUACCGAACCAGAUUAGGGUUUGCUUAGUUUUGUUUUGCAACUUACAGAUCGUAAAGCAUUGUCAGUAUCGUGUGUGUGUUGAAUAUGGGCGAAGACGUGGAGAUGAAAGAUCAACCAACGCCCUCGCACUUUGUCUCUUCAGCUCCUUGCUCUACAUUGCACCAUUUGAAGGAGAUAGCAUCCAUCAUUGAAAAUGGUUCAUACUCAAAGGAAGUUCGUAGAAUUGCUCGUGCCCUGCGCCUCACUUUUUCAUUGAGGCGUAAACUGACAGCACCGCUUCUCUCAUCUUUUCUCGACUACGUUCUUUCUCCUUCUUCUGAAGCUCACACUAGGUUAUCCUCUUAUCUUCCUAAUGGCAAGGACGGUGAUCAGGAGAUGGAAGUAGACACUGCAGCAUCUUCUAUUCAAACUCCGACCAAGCACUUGUUGCCUGAGCUAGAAAUAUACUGUUACCUCCUCGUCCUGCUUUUUCUGAUUGAUCAGAAAAAGUACAAUGAGGCCAAAGAUUGUUCCUCGGCAAGCAUUGUUCGGCUGAAGAGCCUGAAUAGAAGAACUGUUGAUGUUAUUGCAUCAAGAUUGUACUUUUAUUACUCGUAUAGCUAUGAGCUUACAGGGGAUCUUGCUGAAAUUCGGGGCAACCUACUUGCAUUGCAUCGGAUUGCUACCCUGCGCCAUGAUGAGCUGGGUCAGGAAACACUUCUUAAUCUGUUACUUCGGAACUAUCUACACUACAACCUGUAUGAUCAGGCAGAGAAGUUGAGGUCUAAGGCUCCACGUUUUGAGGCACAUUCAAACCAGCAGUUCUGUCGUUAUAUUUUCUACCUUGGCAAAAUCCGGACAAUUCAGCUUGAGUAUACCGAUGCCAAAGAGUCUCUCCUUCAGGCUGCUCGGAAAGCUCCUGUUGCAGCACAGGGUUUUCGAAUUCAAUGUAACAAGUGGGCUGUGAUAGUGCGUUUAUUAUUGGGAGAAAUACCUGAGAGGACUGUCUUUAUGCAAAGAGGAAUGGAAAAAUCUUUGAGGCCUUACUUUGAGCUUACUAAUGCUGUACGGAUUGGUGACUUGGAGCUGUUUAGAAAUGUUGCAGAGAAGUUUGCUACCACUUUCAAUAGAGAUCGAACACAUAAUUUGAUUGUUCGGCUGCGUCAUAAUGUCAUCAGGACUGGUUUACUCAACAUCAGCAUAUCAUAUUCACGCAUCUCAUUAUUGGGUGUAGCUAAAAAGUUGAGGUUGAACUCUGCAAAUCCUGUUGCUGAUGCUGAGAGCAUCGUAGCAAAGGCUAUUCGUGAUGGGGCAAUUGAUGCUUCAUUGGAUCAUGCAAAUCGGUGGAUGGUGUCUAAGGAAACUGGAGAUAUUUACUCUACAAAUGAGCCUCAGAUGGCCUUUAAUUCUCGGAUUGCCUUUUGUCUUAACAUGCACAAUGAGGCCGUUCGAGCACUGCGAUUUCCACCAAACACACACAAGGAAAAGGAAAGUGCUGAGAAGAGGAGAGAGAGGCAACAACAAGAGCAAGAACUGGCUAAGCAUAUCGCAGAGGAAGAUGAUGAUGAUUUCUGAUAAUGAUUGUGCUCUUUUUACCUUACUUGUUGCUGUCGGGAUCUCUUUUUUCCUGCAUUUGCUCAUAUUUCUUCAUUGGAAAACUUCCAUUACCAUUACCAUAUUGGAACGUGGGAGUUUUAUUUUCUGCAUAAACGGUGUCUGGGAGUCCUUUACCAUAUUUGAAAUAUUUACUGUUAGUUUCCUACCAUGGUGAUACCGAUGUUUUGUUUCCUUGUUCGGAGAACUGUUUUAGGAUUUGUAAAAAACUAAUCAAUUAUUUAGGACCAUGUCAGAGAUUCAGUUCAAAAGUUUGACUAUCGAAAAGUAUU